AUGCCAGGUGGAAGUGGUGCAUACUGGAGGUGGCCACUGAUGAUAAUAAGUGCAUUUUGUGACUGUAUAUCUAUCGUCGAUAUAGUGUUAAAGAUGUUCAUGCCCUAUUAUGAUAAACGAGGUCUACUUAUUACGGAUAUAAGAGCUUGUAUAAUACACUAUCUCGUCCGAGGCUUUUUAAUGGACGUGAUAGGAGUAACGCCAUUUUACGAAUUAUUCAUGGUAUAUUUAAAUAAAGAAAUUGACGACAACGAUGUUCUACUCAUUAAUACGUUAAGCAAAUUUGCUCAUUUGUAUUUAGUAGUCGGAUACUUUGAUUAUUUGGCUGAUACUCCAACAGUGAACAAAGCAUUGAUUAUGAUAUUAAAAUGGGAAGUUAUUUCUAUACUCCUAAUGUGUGCUGCUAGUCACUAUUUCGUCAGGAAAUGUAUCUAUUUUACUUGGGAUAGCUCGGGCACAUUUACUAAUGCUACGCUCAUUAGCAAGUGUUGGCUUCCGACUUUCAGUGAUAUUAAUGGAGACCAGCUCACUCAAGAAAACAUUCGCAUGAUCUUUGCGCAAAGCUUAAGUUUUGCUCAAAGUGGUCUCAUGCGAAUUGAUUUGGGACUGUUUAAAAUAAGUCGGGAUGAUAUCAGCACUGCUUUGGUUCUGCUAUCUCUUGGAUGUUCUUUCUGGUGCGUCUUAUGUUACCGUCUCACGCUACUAGUUUUAAACACUCGCAGUAAUACGCUUUUUCAACAUGGCGUAUUUCAACUUAAAAGAUUUCUUGAGGCAGAAAGAAUUGAAAAGCAUAUAAUUAAUUCUGCUCAGAGACAUUUUAAGUAUGUGUGGCAAAGGACUAAAGGAAUAAAUAUACAGCAAUUGAUGAAUGAACGCAUUAGUGUCGUUUUUAGACAGGAUUUGAAUUAUUAUUUUUUUAAAAAAACACUCGCAGCCCUCAACACAUUAUUACAAGGAGGCGAACAACUAGAGAGACAACUGGCAACCGCCUCCGUUCAGAUGUAUUUCUUACCAGGUCAAGAAAUUGUAAGGGAGAUGGACUUAGCUCCAUGGGUGUAUGUUGUCCAUCGCGGCAGGAUUGCUGUUAAACGAGAGGGUGAAAAUUUGGCAAUUUUAACGAAGGGGGCUAUUUUUGGUCAGCUUGAUGGAAUAGAGUCACGACCCGUGCGUAUUUCCGCAGAGGCUGAAAGUUAUGCAGACGUUUUGCAACUAUCUAUUGUGGAUUUCCAAGAAGCUCUAGAUAAUGAGACCAGAAGUAACAUUGAAAAUGAUGCUCAAUCCAAACUAGAUUUUAUGAAUAUAACGGAAUUUAUAACUGAGGACCCUUAUGACACUAUUCAAUACAUCCUUCGCGGAAAAAAGUCAAUAAAACUACCUUGGAUGCAAACGCAUGUGGAUGCACAAAAUGGUACUUGGUAUUCCCGCUGGCUUUUCAUUACGUGGUUAAUCGAGCCAGUUGUCACUUCAGUUCUGGUACUCUCUUUGGAAACUGUACCCGAUGAAUCAAUGUACAUACUAUAUUGGAUAUUACUUGUGUUAGAUAUUGUUCAUUUUCUUCACUUCCUUUCUGAUUUCUUUAUGAUGGAGUUAGUAGUUGUAAAAGGUGAAUGCGUGAUGAGGACUUUGAAGUAUAGAAAGCUGUUGGAUUGGGGUUGUUACGCAGAUAUAAUUUCAUUGGUUGUACCUUUAGUUACUUUUAUAUGGGGGAAUUGGUUAUAUCAAUUAGCAAAGCUGAUAAGGCUUCGGCUUCUCUACGAUUUUUAUAACUAUUUCUGCACGGGAUUCCAGAGCAGGUUUGGUUCUCUUUUACUAAAAUUUAUAUCGGUGCUAUUGAUUCUACACGCUAUGACCUGUGGUUGGAUAAUGGUUGCAUGUAGAGAAGAAGAAUUUCCUGUGAAUGUUCCUGAAAUACCACCUCAUAUUAAUGCUACAAUUGACUACAGUGAAUGGAUGCAUCCAAGAGACAGAAAAGGAGGUUGUGCAACAGUGACGAAAACGUUUCAAGUUGAGGAUAAAAACCAGUUCAGUUUUGUGGUUCCAAAAAAUUGUAAGGAUGAUUACAUUGUAUCAAUGACUUAUAUAUUGGUCCUUUAUACGCAUACUGAAAUGGACUCUAUUUUAACGUUAAAUUUAAAGCAAGUUUCUUACAAAAUUGUAAUCAAUUUUAUUAUUUACCUUUUGGAUAUAUGGAUUUUAAGCAUUGCGAUAAGUGCUGUGUACACAAAACUCAGUGAAUUAUAUGAUUAUGACUAUAACGUGGCGAAGUUGAUUACUUAUUUGAAACACACUGGACUGUCACCGACUUUGUUACAAACUGUGGAGAACUACACGAAACACUUAUGGCAAAGGCAGAGAGGUAAUUGGCUACCUGAGCUGGCACAAAAUGCUCCCCAGUGUCUUCGAGAAGAUAUUUUUGGCGCCCUGUAUAUGUACCAUUUGAUGACACCGCCUCUCCUUCGAGACCUGCCUCAUUAUUUUAUUCGGCAAUUAGUAACGAGACUAAAUCGGAUUGUUAUCUUUCCUGGAAAAAUGAUCGUGCAAGAAGGUGACAUAUUUCCUUGUAUGUAUUUUAUUCACGAAGGGGAAGUCGAAAAGUGGGUUACCGACAAAGGCGGCGACAAAAAAAUGAUAUCCCUUUUAAGUACAAACGAUUAUUUUGGAUUUAUACCAGGUCUCUUCCCAAACUCUCCAUUUCAAUUCACCUAUAUAUCACGGACGGUCGUUGAUGUAGUUUUCUUGAGAUUUCAAGACUGGCAAGAUCUUCUGCAAGGGUACCCUGAAGUCAAAUAUAGUCUAUACACUGCGGCGAAACAAUUGAAAAAGGAAAUGAUGGGAAAAAAUUAG